CUACUGAUAAAUCAUCAGAUAACGAUUUAUACUCGAAGUUGGCUGAUCGUAUAGUGGACAAUGUUAUUUUGAAUAUUAAACAUUGAUUUCUUCUCCUUUUAUAAUAUGUUGAACGCUUGUGUGCUUUUUUUUGUCUCAUAUGUUAUUGUAAUUAUUUAUUUAUGUAAAAAAAAAUGAAAUAUUGAUAAAAAGUUUUUUUUUUCAUGUACUAUUUUGAAACAUCUAUAUAAGAAUUUGCAAAUACAUGUGGAAAUAAAUAAUGAUCAAUUUUCUCUUGAAAUUUCAUUUAAAUAAUAAACAGUAUGAAGAUGCUUUUAUGACAUAAUCUCUUUUACUUACGGGGGAACAUUCCCAACUGUCACAUCGCUUUUGUGUCGAGAGUAUGCGCAUCAUGUAGGGUCUAAUGAUCUAUGAAUACUCUGAAAAAAGUUCGUGCUGCUAGCUUAUUACUGCCGAGAUAAUGCAUUUUUAGUGUAUGUUUAAGAAAAAAAGCCGUGGUUCCCCUCAGGAACAUUAGAAAAACUGAGUUUCGAAUUUCGACUUGAAACUUUGCACAGAGACAGACCUCAAUGAGAAUAGUUUAUUGUGAAAGUUUCAGAUCUUUUGAUUACUCCUAGUCUAAAAUAAGAACAUCGGAAUCUGCUGGUGUAUAUGAGCGAUUUUACCAUAGCUGUAUCUUAGGAUAGGAACAACGAAAAGAUCUGAAACUUUCACAAUAAACUAUUCUCAUUGAGGCCUGUCUCUGUGCAAAGUUUCAAGUCGAAAUUCGAAACUCAGUUUUUCUAAUGUUCCUGAGGGGAACCACGGCUUUUUUUCUUAAACAUACAGUAAAAAUGUAAUAUCUCGGCAGUAAUAAGCUAGCAGCACGAACGUUUUUCAGAGUAUUCAUAGAUCAUUAGACCCUACAUGAUGCGCAUACGCUCAUGUCAAAAGCGACGUGACAGUUGGGAAUAUUCCCUCGUUAGUCAUAUGAAUUGUCUUUUAUCUUCUUUCCAUCUUUGUUGAGUUAUAAAUAUCUGAAGAUGAAAAAAAAAAGUUUUACUUUCGAUUUGAUUGAUAUUAGUCGAUAUCCUAGAGAACGUGUAGUUUCAUCUUAUACACCACCUCUUAAUAAUUCAACUGCUGCUCCUGUUCCUCAACAUUUUAUACUAAUACCAACAAUGUCUAAUUAACAAUUUGUAUAUGGUUUGUUUCUAGAGGAAUUUUUUUUAACGAAUUCAAAUUGUUCGCUUUAUUUUAUUAGGACAUGUAAUGGUAGUAUCACGGACGAGGUGUGUUUUGAGCACCACAAAAUAAGACAAUUGAGCACCUAAUUAGUUAUAUGUGAAAAGCGCACCAAAAAAUAAGACAAAUGAGCACCAAAUUUAUUAUAUGUGAAAAGAGCACCAAUAAAUAAGACAUUUGAGCACUAAUUUUAAUAUGUGUGAAAUGAGCACUAAAGAAUAAGACAUUUGAGCACCAAAGUUACUUUUAGGUGAAGUCAGAAUAAUAGUGGCAGCUUUACAUAAAAAGCAGCAACAGCAGAUAGAUAAUAAAUACAAGAACAAACAAAUAAAUAAAUAUGAAUAUAAUGAAGAGGAAACAAUUCAUAACAAUAAUGCAGACCGAGCUUCUUUUUUAUCGACAUUUUUCUCGUCGUUUACCUAUAAGUUCCGACCACGUUUUAUUAGUUGAUUAAGACUAUUAUUCUUUAAAUGAACAAGUCAGCAUAAAGGUCUAAUUUGAGAAUAGCUAUGUCAAAAUUUAUAGAUUUAUUUUUCUUUUUUCAAUAGGAAAUAAAGUAAAAGUAAAUAAUAUAAAUAGCAAUACGAUUUUAUUUUAAUUUAUUUUUUAUCAUAUUUAGCCACUUGACAAAGAUAGAAUUCGAAAGACCUCGCAUCAUUAACACUUUUAUUCCUCUCUAUCUUUUUUUCUCAUUGCUUUCAGUCUUCGUUCUUUUUCUUUUAUUAUCGCGUAUCCUGAAAGAGCAAAAAAUAAUAAUAAUAAUAAAUAAAAUUGUAUUACUAUUUGUAUUAUUCGCUUUUACUUCACUCGUUACUAAAUAAAGAAACGAUAAAAAAGAAAAAAGUCUAUAAAUUUGAUAUUGCUAUUCUCAGAUUACAUCUUCACGUUGACUUGUUCAAUUUCACGAAUAGAUUGAUAACUUUUAUAUUAUUCUUUUCAUUUGCUGCUCAAUUGUCUCAUUGUUUGGUGCUCAUUUCACAUAUAAUUUUUUCGGUGCUCAAUUGUCUUAUUUUGUGGUGCUCAAAAAACAUUUUUCCCCAGUAUCACCAUCAGCUGAUCUUUUAAUUGUACUACCUGUAGCUUCUUCGAUUUCAUCUUAUCAAGAUAUUAAAUCAGCUAGUGCAUGGAUUGAUUCACCAACAGUUUCGAUGAUAACAUCAAAAUCAAAUCCAGUUAAACUUCCUAUACCUUUUACAGAUAGUUUUUCUUCUACUAAUUCUCCAUUUCUUUCAAUAGUUAACGAAGUUUCUAAAACAACAUUUCAUUUCAAUCCAACAAUAACAAAACAAACGAAAGCACUUAUAUUUCAAAUAACAAUAGCAUAUAAUUUUGUUCAUUAUUCAGUUCUUCCAUCAUAUAAACUAUCGACUAGCAUAACAUCAACUCCUCUUCCAUCAUUUGUAUCUCUUGUUAAAAGUUCACUAUCAAAUGAACAUCAAAUAAUACAAAAUAUAUUUGAUUUACUUGCUAGUUGA